AUGGAUAGAGUGGAUGAUUGGAUUGAUGGUAUGCUCAACAAAGGUAUAAAAGGUUUAAACGAUGAAUUCUGGGAAUUAUGUGCCAAAACGAAACCAUCACCGGACAAUUAUACCACUUUUACGGCUAAUCAAAAUUCCAGUCGGAAUCGUUAUCAGAAUGUUGUUUGCUUGGAUAAUUCACGUGUAAAACUUAUCAAUCAUCCAACCCAUAACGAUUAUAUUCACGCCAAUUAUGUCAGCACACCUUUUUCUGAACGGCGUUUCAUCUGUACUCAGGCUCCCUUGAAUUGUACUAUUUAUGAUUUUUGGUUUAUGAUUAUACAAGAAAAAGUAAAAUACAUCGUUAUGCUGACAAAUUUUAUUGAGAAAGGUUACAUUAAAUCGGCGUCAUAUUUUCCAACUGAAGCUAAUAAAAUUCACAACUACAAUGAUAUCACGGUGAAAUGCCUUACAUGCGAACGUCGUAUGGAUUUUGAAUGUGAAGUGUGGGAGCGAUCAUUGAUGAUCGAACAGUCAGGCAUGAAAUCGAUGAUUGUGAUACAUUUCCAUUGGACUGAUUGGCCUGAUCGUGGUAUACCUAAUAGUUAUUCGUGUCCUUUACAACUUCUUGAAUUGGUAAGAAUAUCAUCAGUGCCAAUAAUAUUACACUGUUCUGCUGGUAUUGGACGUACCGGUUGUCUAGUACUCAUCGAGUUGGUUCUCGAGAAAUUAUUGUACAAGCAAAUUUUCUCUAAUAUGGGUUUCAUGCUUACUGAAUUACGAAAACAACGUGCUAAUUUGAUUCAGAAUAAUAUUCAAUACCUUUACGUGCAUCGUACUUUGCUACACUGUUUUGCAUUAAAUCGAUUUAUCAAAAAAAUGGAUGAAGUGCGCGAAUUUAUCAAAGAUUAUAAUCAGUUCGUAUUUGCUGGGCCUAAUGCGAAAUGA